UGUUGGGGCUCAAGUCUAUCUCUACAACACGAAACUGCCUGAAUUACUGCAGUUAUCCUCUUCGCCAGUGAGUUCUGUCGCUGGUUUGGAAAGAAACCGCAGUUAUUUAAUAAUCACGUAGUUGUGAAAUGUUUUGAUUUCCUAAGGCGAACAGUGAAAUGGCAUGUUUUCUGUCAACAAUAACGAUGUUUUUUAAAAAAAAAUGAAUAGCAAAUGUUUUUUUUCCGAGAGACCGUUUUCAAACUGGUACAACUUUGUAUAUUAUUUUGCGAAGAGCAGCCUUCUAAUACUCUGCCGUGCAAACAUUGAAUCAUUCUUCCUUAACCUUGUGUUAAUUGGAAUUUAAUGAAUGUAACGUAAUACAUUAGAUUUGCUUCUUUUUCUCGAAGAACGAUCAAGUUCACGUUUAAAUUAAAUAUGAUCAAUUUCAGAUUUCCUGGCAGUGUAUAUACGCUGCUGAAUGAUUAUUUUAAAACACUGAUGCAGGUCGGCACAAUACUACUGCAAAUAACUGCAAUUUCAUCUACACAUCGGCGUAAUCGAUGCAUUGUAGAUUUCGUCUUUUGUCAGUGAUGAAUAUUUCAUGAUAAUUUCAUAUCCUCUAAAUGGAGCAGCUUUAAUACACAACUGAUCCUGUACUUCCCCAUGGAAAUCUAAAAUAGAAAAGGAAAGCGCCAAGCGUUUUGGGAUACGCAUUGAGACUUAUACAUUCCUCUAUGUGCAAGACAAAGAAAUUACUUGAAAGCACAAGGCCUCGGUUAUGAUCAUUACAUGGCGCCUAGGCGCGUAAAUUUGUGUUGUUCUUCGAAACAGCGACCUCGGCGGAGUGUAGUGGAAGCGCUGCUCGGUCGGCGGCUCCUGCCUCUGCAGGAAACUAGACUAAACACAGAAAGCAGACUUGUCCCAUUAUGUUGGCUGUUUAGACGAGACAAACAGAAGCUUUAAUCUAAGCAAAGCAAGUAAACAAACACUAUGGCUCUCUAUUCUGUUGGUCUAGUGAUUUGAGUUGACCAUCCGAUUGGAAUUACUUAAUUUUCAAUCUAUGAAUCGAGACGAUUGCACAACGUAAACCUUGUCACAGGAAAAAUUCUGUGCUCAUUUAUGAAUGCAACACUAAAUUAAUUUCACAAAACAUAUAUAUAUAUAAUUUAUAUAAAUAUGGAUUGUCGUCUUGCUACGUUGUACUAAGUACAGCAGAUUCGCUGUGAGAAUCUUUUAGUGGGAAUUGUUUUUACUUGCAACUUCCUAUAUACCCGUGUAACUGAAAUUACAAUUGUAAAUACUUCACAUUCAAUUCGAACAAAAUAACUAGCACAUUUGCAAUAUUAAAUCAUAUCAUCCUCUUUGUUAGGUAUAUCACUGCAUGCCGUACUGUAGAAGGAUACUUUACGUGAGUUAAAAACAUUUGUCUCGAUUUUUUUUUUCUUCAGCAUAAUACAAAAGGAUAUCUUCUGGAAAAUGUUGGCUAUUGUGCAUUCGAGGCGUGAUGUUAUCCUAAUAUGAUUGCAGAAGCUGAAAGCUGUCUUCGGCAUGGUUUAAAGAUUCACAAAGAAAAAGCACAGUCAAGUUUGUGCUGUUCAAAACAUCACUGCUGACAGUGGCCAGGCCUUUUUUAAAAGGCAGUUCAGCACAGACCUUUAGCCAAAAGCCUUUCCUUUCAUUUGCGGAGUAUUUUAUUUCGAUGCACUUUGGCAAGAAAUCGGAAAUAUUCCUUUAGUUGUUACAUUUUUGGGAAAAUUGUGGAUUGUGGUUUUAUUUAGAUAUUAUUAAUGAAGAACAGCCUUUCUCAAUUUAAACACACAACAAUGUGAGUUCGUGCGUUUCUUUCUUGUUAUGUUUUCACAACUAUAAUGGUAACAUUAAAAAUAUUACACUUUAAGUAUCAUUCAGCAUUCACUAAGAAUUUUAUAGUUUAUCGGUUGCCCGCAAAAUUGUCUCGAGGCUUAUACGAUUUAUUGGCUUUGUAAAAAAGAAAGGAGCCACAGUAGUUUUGUACUUCCCUUUUUAAUCUCAAAUUAGAGGUUUGGCUUUGAAAAGCCGAUGUAUGCGGUCCAUUUGCACAGUUGUAAAUGGAGUAUUUCAUUUCGAAUCAAUGCGGGUGAACCAGAAAGCGUUUCAACCUUUCGUAAGCAACCAACAUCCAACAUAACACUUGGCAUUUGAGAUAUUCGUCAGUCACGAUUUUACUGAAAUUAAACCCUUGAAUGUGGCUACGGGACCAGCUCGGCCAGAUUUGAACCGUCUCGUGCAGAUGCCUGCAGGAUUUGGGCAGUCUUAUUUUAUGUUUUGCACAUACCUUGUAAAUCUUUGCCAAAUUAUACGCUAUACGCCAAUUAGACUCGAAAAUGAUGAAAUCACUUUGAACACGCGUCGUCAUAGCAUUCUCCAAGCCCACAAAUUGGCUUUGCAACUUCACACAGAUGUUAUCUGAACGGAAGUAAAGGCGUCAGCAGUUAAAUUUUAUUCUAAACGAUACAGUGAGAAUGCCAAAAACUUUCACCUAUCGAAUGUGGUCUCUGACUUCAACCGUUCGCUCUGAGCCCAGAGGCGCUUGCGGUGUCAUUGCCGAGAAUGUCGACAUCAGGGACUAUCAGCAAUUAUUAUGUCGACUCUCUUAUCAUGCAUGAGAACGAGGAGCUGCUGUCGUCCAGAUAUGUCUCGGGUCCACUGGCUCAGUCUUCCAGACAGACAGCUCUUGCUGAGCACCCCGACUUCUCCCCAUGUAACUUCCAGUCCAAAGCCAACGUGUUCAGCACCUCUUGGAGCCCCGUUCAUGCGCAGAGCUCUGCCAAUAUGCCCACUGUUUAUCACCCAUACAUGCACCAGGCGCCAAUUGCCGCCGCGCCCGAUGGUAGGUACAUGCGCUCCUGGCUAGAGCCCAUGCCGGGAACCCUGUCUUUCACCGGGUUACCUUCCAGUAGACACUACGGCAUCAAGCCCGAGCCUGUAGCUGCGCGCAGGAGUGACUGCACCACGUUUGAAACACACACGUUAGCCCUCUCAGAUUAUACUUGUGGACCUUCUCCUGUCGACAAACGUGUGAGCGAGGUUUCCUUCACUGAAAAUAAUGGAGAGAUUGAGUCAAACGCAGAUAAGCUACACAUGGAUCCAAAUAACCCUUCUGCCAAUUGGCUGCAUGCAAGAUCUACCAGAAAGAAACGUUGCCCCUACACCAAGCAUCAGACCUUGGAGCUGGAGAAGGAAUUCUUGUUUAAUAUGUACCUCACACGAGACCGCAGAUAUGAGGUUGCCAGAGUCCUUAAUCUCACCGAACGGCAAGUUAAAAUCUGGUUUCAGAACAGGAGGAUGAAGAUGAAAAAAAUCAACAAGGAACGACCUAAAGACGACCGGUGACACGAAUUAGAAUAUUACUGUGUGUGUGUGAAGGAGAAAAAAAAAGACUAAUUCACAAUUACAAUCGAGUUAGGCCCUGCUUCAGAAAGACUAUGUGUACAUUUUGUCAUCCCAUUAGCACAAUUUAUUCUUUUGCCCGUUCUGGACUGCAUUUGGUGGGUAAAAAGACUGAUACACUUGUUAGUUGGGAACCAAAGAGGGGAGACAUUUACGGCAAGGUUAAGUAUGUGGCUACGGAAUCUACCUUACUUUACAUGAAAACUACCUUUUCUUAAUCCACGACUAUUCAGUGUGGACAGUAAUUCAGUAAUACUGUACUCGUUUAAUAUUUACUUGUUUUACAUGCAGCAAACGAGGCUGCUUAUAUACUUGAAUCCUUGUGUCUGUUGUCGUGAUUAUCCCUGUGACUGGGCCUUUGUGCUUGGGCGGUGUCCGAGUCAAGAUCGUGUAAACAAAAAAAGGAAUAUCUCAAUUUAACUCAGGAUGUUUAAUAUAAAGAGAACAGGCUGUUUAGUGCAUAUGAAAUGUUAUUUUCGUGGUGAACUUGGAACAUAUAUUGUAUUAUUUUCACUGUGAAUGAACCUGUAGAAACUCCAGGCUUUCGCUGUCUUUGUGAGACUGAGUAACGGCCUUGCCCGGGGUGCAUGACGAUUGUGUUGUUCUUCAGAAAUUAUAUGAAACUGAUUUGCAUAGAAUGCUAAUAUAAGUUGUAUUUCAAAGAGCAGCGCUGAGCAUAAUGCUACACGAUACUCUUGUCUGUUGUGAGAAAAGCACGAAUAAAGUUCUCAGACACUUUGUAUUUAUCGGUGUUGUGGUGCAAAGAAAAGUGUAAGAUUUGGUUUAAAACUACCUAUAUGUAUAACUAGUAACUACCUAUGUUUUGUGUGUAAAUGUCACCCUUAAAAUUGUUUUGACACAUUUAUGCGAUGGAAUAAGUAAACAAACAACAUUGUCAAUAAAUGUAAUGUGUACAAGUAAAAUGCCUGGGUGCAAUAGAAAUAACAUAUACCGCCAAUGUGUUUUAACUGGGGAGGGGGGCCGUCUUUAAAACUGUAGAGCAACACAUUUACACUUGUGUACACGUUUGAAAUGAUUACCUCGUGUCAUAUUGACCAAACAAUACUGUUUGUAAUGAAAUGUCAUUUUAUUUGUUGUCUAAUAAAAUAUAUGUUUGACUACAUAUAAAA